UUAUGAUCUAGGAAUUUUAAAAAUUAAUAAAUAAAAAUAGUCGAGGUUUCAUGGAUGUAAUGAUAUUUUUUUAAACAUAUUUCAAUAUUAAAAGUAUAAUUGCACUCCACCAUAAAUGAGUUACUAUAUCACUCCUGUAAAACUUUUUUUUUUAAUUUGAAUCGAACCCGUAACUAUCGACAAAUCAUGACAAAAUUUUGUCAUGUGACAGAUGAUAGCGCCGAUAUGUAUUGUAAUCUGUGUCAUUUUUUAUUGUAUAAAGAACAAAUAAUAAAUAUAUUAUAAAAAAAGUUCAUUAAAUCACGUCGAUCUAUGGCUGACGGUAGUGCGAUAUUGUGGUUUAUAUAAUUAUAAAAAUCAAUACGAAUACAUUGGUCAAAUAAAAAUAAUUCGUUUUUAAAUAAAUAAUAAUAUAAUAGUAAUUGUGAAACUCAUUCACGGCGUUAUGUACACAGCUGCAGUGGUGUAAAUAGACUACUGACUAGUGUUACUAAUUAGCUAAAAUAAGCUGCAAGCUGCAUAAUAUAAGAAUAUAAAUUGGACAUAUUAUAUAACUGCAAGUAGGUAUAUAAAAUAGUUUUAAAACAUAAUGGCUACACAAAUAGAAGAAACUCUGAAGAGAAUUCAAACCAGUGACGGUGUCAUUGGCUUUGUAAUAAUAAACAAUGCUGGCAUCCCGGUCAAAUCCAACUUGGAUGAUUCAAUGUCUGUUCGGUACGCUGGAUUAGUUCAGCAACUAAUCGCAACAUCAAUGGUCGUGAUCAAAAAAGGCGACUCAACUGAUAAAUUAACAUACUUGCGGUUACGUACCAAACAUAACGAAAUUAUAGUAAUACCAGAUAAACAUUAUAUCAUGGUGGUAAUUCAAAAACCUACUGGCUCUAGAUCACCAAUGUAAAAUUUGGUGUCUUAAUGAUUAUAAUAUAUUUAUAUAAUUAAAUAAUUUAAUAAAAUUUAAAACAGUUUUCAAUAA